CCCAUCCAUUCUUCUCGUCACCUAUCUCCAACUCACUCAAAGUUAAAUACUUUAUCAACCAAAUCACAGACAAUUCACAAGCAGAUCACAUUCAAUUUAAUUUGGAGAAGGCAGAAGAUCUUACAAGCAACAAGGAGUAGUCAAUGAAGCCACCAUGCUUCUCUUUUGCCCCGAGUGCUCGAACAUCCUGACGGUCUCUGUAUCUCCAGAGUCUGGGCGCAACCGUCUCGAAUGCCGCACCUGUCCCUACCAACACGCAAUUACGGAGACUCUGUUCGCGAGGAAAUACUUCAAGAAGAAGGAGCGCGAAGAUGUCUUCGGUGGUGACGGUGCCUGGGAGAAUGCCGACAAGACUAAGGUGCAAUGUAAUAACUCUUCAUGCACCGGCAAGGAGGCCGCCUUCUACCAGAUCCAGAUCCGAAGCGCAGAUGAACCUAUGACAAGUUUCUUUAAGUGCAUGACUUGCGGCCACCGGUGGAGAGAGAACUAGAGCAAUUGGACGAGACAAUGGGAGGUUGGUAGAGGUGGUAAUUCCACUAGACAGCAUUGCGAGGGACAUUGGACGGCGUUAAGGAUGGCAUUAAGAUGGAGUUGUGAGGUUUUCGUUCUUAAUGUUCAUAUCGCGUCGCAUCUUGAUUAGGCCGACUUCCCAAUAAUGAUGAUACCCAAUAUGACUUCCUGUUCUCGCAUUCAUUUCACACCUCCGUCUUCACCACACUGUUCGUGGGUGGAAC